AUGGUACACUUCACCUCCCUCAUCCUGGCCACGGCCGCCGUCGUUGGCAGUGUCGCGGCCGCACCCGAGCCUGAUGUCAACCCCUUCCAAGGGAAAGACCGUCAUGUCGUUUCGAGCUAUGGCAAGAAGCUGGAGCAGACCAUUGCCGCUUUUCAAGCCAAGAACGAUACCCUCCAUGCUGCCCGCACCCGCACCGUUCAGCAGAAAGUCUCCACCUUCACAUGGGUCACCUCGCGCGCCCACCUUUCCAACAUCACCACCACCAUCGCCGAGGCUCGUCAGCAGAAGAAAAAGGGCAAGGACAUGAUUGUUGGUCUGGUCUUGUACAACCUCCCGGACCGGGACUGCUCCGCUGGCGAGUCUGCAGGCGAACUCCAGAUCGACAGCGAUGGCUACCGGAUCUACAAGUCCCAGUUUGUCGACAAGUACGCCAAACUCGUCAAAGAAGCCAAAGACCUUACCUUUGCCAUUGUUCUCGAGCCCGAUUCCCUUGGUAACGCAGUCACCAACCAGGGCAUCGAGGCUUGCGCAAAGGCAACGCCCAUCUACGAGCAGGGCAUCGCGUAUGCCAUAUCCAAGCUCCAGGCCGCCAACAUCCACUUGUAUAUUGAUGCCGCCCAUGGUGGCUGGCUGGGCUGGGCUGACAAUCUGAAACCAACAGCCCAGGUCUUCGCAAAGGUCGUCGCCAUGGCAAAGAAGCUGAACCCCGCAUCCAAGAUCCGUGGUUACGCUACCAACGUUUCUAAUUACAACUCGUUCAAUGCAAAGGUUCGUGAGAACUACACUGAAUACUCCCCCUCAUGGGAUGAGUCGCACUACGCCUCAGCCCUGGCACCGUAUCUUGAGGCAGAAGGCCUCCCAAGCAAGUUCAUUAUCGACCAGGGCCGUGUUGCGAUGUCAGGCGCGAGAGAGGCGUGGGGCGAGUGGUGCAACGUGAGCCCCUCUGGCUUCGGUCCUCUGCCGAGCACCAAGACCGACAACGCUCAUGUUGAUAGCCUGGUGUGGAUCAAGCCCGGUGGUGAGAGUGAUGGUCGCUGUGGCCUGGAGGGUGCACCGGCUGCUGGUGCGUGGUUCGAUGAGUAUGUGCAGAUGUUGGUCAAGAACGCUGAUCCCCCGCUGGAGCCGACCUACAAGAAGGUGUGA